AUGAAAGAUGAUUUUUCAUCAUUAAACAGUAAAGUGAACUCUCAUGCAGAUGCCAUCAAGAUACAUGAAGCUCAAUUGAGUUUACUUUCAACACAAUUACCAAAUAUGACAAUAGAAAAUGACGAUAAAGGGCUGGUUGUGGUUACUCAUAGUGGAAAGGUAGUAAUAGGUAAUGUGACGAGAAAUGAAGAAGCUCAAACUAAUGAAGAAGAUAAAGGCAUGGAGGAAGAAGAGACACUUAUCCAUCAAAGCAUUGCCAAACAACCACAAAGAGAAAUGGAGCAACAUAUUCCAAUCCCAAAAGUUAUGCAACCUUUACCCAAAAUAUCUCCCCCAUUUCCCCAACGACUAAAGAAGAAGAAUGAGGAUGAUAAAUUCAAGAAGUUCUUAUCGGUGUUCAAGACAUUAUCAAUUAAUCUCUCCUUUGUGGAAGCAUUGUUGGAAAUACCAAGUUUAUGA